UUUGUAAACACACCAGCGCGCAGCACAGUGGUUGAUGGAUUCGAGUUUGCAAGCCAGCCACACGCGCAUUUCACGCACACACGCCGAACUCUCGUGCAAUCUCGUGCGACUGUUUUUCACGGCAAAUCUCUUCGCUCCCUUUAGCUGUUGGGAAUUGGAAAAAAUCACCGAGCACCGUGAAAAUCACGAAACUCGUUCAGUUGGCUCGAGGCGGUGAUUCUGCACGCGUGGCGCAAGUGAAAAUUCCCCAAGAAAAGGGAAAAUCUGCAAAUUCACAUAUCGAAACAGAAAAAGUGCAAAUAACACAUAUUGAAAAUUCACUAGUUGCACCUUAGUGAAACAAGUGAGAACGGUCGAUUCUGUGAGUAGUGGUGAAUCAAAGAACUCGAUGAUUAAGCUGUGGUUGAUGAGAAAGUAGCGCAAAUAGUUUUAGUCCAUACGAUGCCAGUGAAUGGAAGUAAUCGACCACCUUGGUUGAAAGACAGAGUUGAGACAGUGAACAGAAACGUACCGCCGGCCUGGGCACGUAAAACCUCAACAACUACAGCACCCUCCGUUGAAGCGAAAGAUUCCAAACCUCCAACAAAGUCGUUAGAACCAGACGGCAAAACGGCUCCGAUAGUAACAAAACCAGCAGUUCCUGCCCCGAAACCACCGGCCGCAGCCAAAGAAAAUGGUGAACCAGCGAAGACAGCCAAAUUGCAAUCCAAAGAAAUUAAAGUACCGAUCGUGAUUCAGCAAAAGAAACCAAUGCCUCCUCCACUCACCAAGUCAGAACCGAUGAUCAAAAACACGACCCCUCAGAUGACAGUUCUUCGAGAUCCCCUUCCAAAACCGAAGCCUAAACCAAAAGAACCAUCACCGGAGUCCGAGUAUGAAGAAGAGGAAGAUGAGGAAGAGGAGGAGGAGGAAGAAGAGGAGGAGGGAAGUACCGAGUACGAAACGGAAACCGAAUCCGAAGAAGAGUCACCGCCUCCUCCUCCACCGGUAAAGAAACCGGAACCUAAACCAGCGCCAAAACGCGAACCAUCUCCACCAAAGCCGAAGCUUGCCGUUGAACUGAAAAAAGUUGUUAAACCUCCGGAAAAAUCGGACACCGAGAGUAAGUCCUCGGAAAAAUCCGAAAAAUCGUCUUCUCCUGAGCCGAAAAGCUUUAUCAAACCACCACUGAAGAAAGUGAUCCGACCACAGGUAGAAGCUCCAAAAGAGCGCUCAACAUCACCCGAGCCGAAGAACUUCCGCAUCAAACUGCGCAAGGUGCCAUCGAAUCUGAAAGCUCCCCGCGUUAAGGAAAAGCUGCCCGAAGUUCAACUGAAGAGGGUUGAGAAACCUCUGCUGGAAAACGUCUCGAAAAAAGAGGAAGCCUACCCGCACAAGCCGUCGAUGUUGAAGUCGGAGAGCAGCAAAAGAAUUCCUCCACCUCCGCCGAUGCCCAAGACAAACGUCCCACCGCCACCUCCUCCCCCGCCGAAAUUGGCACCACCGCCAGAUUUCAAAAAGGAUGCAAUUUCAGAUAGGCAAAAACAGGUGGUCGACAAGCUGAAGAAACGGCCACGCAAACGACCGGACUGGUCCGACAUGAUGAAAGAGGUGGAACAGGGUAGAAAACUGCGUCACGUUGAAUGCAAUGAUAGAUCGAAACCGAUUAUACACUCAAAAUCGAUUACAAAAUUCGAGGAUCAAUUUAUAUUUGAAACUGAGAAAGCAACCGCUCACAAUGUUCUGCUGAAGGAGAUCCAGUUCGGCGUCAAGUUGAAACCUACCAAAUGUAACGACCGUAGCAAGCCAAACCUGGAGGGUUUAAGAAAAUUCCGUCGACAGAUGACUCUGGAAGAGCAGCUGGCGAAGUCCGAGUCCAGAGCCAAUCUGGAGGCGCCUCCGGUCGAAGAGGACGAGGUGGACGAAAUGGACGACAUCGACAAGGUGCGUGAUGACCUGCAGAGUACAAAGCAACUGCUGGCGAUGGAAUUGCGUAACAACGAGGCUCUCGAGCGAGAAAACAAACGACUACUGCAACGGGUGCAAAAUCUGGAAGCCGAACUGUCUAGGGAGCGCUGGAAUCCGUUGAGCGGAGAGGAGAAGAGUGCCAUCACAGGGCCGGAUGCUGGCCUAAUACAAUCGCUGAAGAAUGAAGCCCUCGAGGCACAGCAGCAAUCCAAGCAGCUAGAAGAGAAAUAUCAGACUGUAGCGAAGGAGCUCGACACAGCGUACAAGCAGUGCGAAGAGCAGAAACGUAAGAUAGGGGAUUUGGAGAAAAAAAUACAGAGCUUAACGGAUGAUGACUACUAUUUGAAUGAGCAUCAGGGUAUCACCGAUGGCGGUGGCAUUCCGGCGCGACGAAUCAGCGAGGCUGCUCAGAAGGAAAGUUCGCCGGAGCUGGCCCCAGAAGAGGAGGAGGAAGAAGAAGAGGAGGAAGAUGAGGAGAAAAAGGCCGAAAAGGUGGCCAAGCGAUUGAGUCGUGACGUUAACAUGCUUUCGGCUCGGCUCAUGCGACUGAAAGAAAAGCAGGAGGAAAAGCAUGCCGAACGACAGGCUCUAAAAUACGCCAUGAAGACCAACCAGUAUGCGCUGAAGAACGAGCGCAAGAAGUACAAAAAGUUACAAAAGGAAGUUGAAAAAAUGGCUGCAAUGAUGAAGAUGGAGGACGAGGAGGACGAUGCCGAAGGACAGAAAGAACCACCUCCGCCAGAACCGGAAGAGGAGGAAGAGGAAGAAGAAACCGAGGAGGAAAGUGAGUCUGAAUCGGAAUCAGACAGCGAGAGUGAGAGCGCGAAUGAAGCUGAGGAUGCUUCGGACGAAAAGAAGAAAGCAAAUCUUGAGCCUAGAGUUAAGCGCCAUGAAAGCCGGCUAGCUUCGUUGAAGAAGGGUAAUUAUCUACUGCAAGCAAAUGUGGAUCGCAUGAAGGAUGAAAUCAACAAAACCCGUGAAAUGUGUUGUACGCUACAAUCAGAUUUAGACUCAGUCAUUGCAGAUUUGGGCUGAAAAGUAAUCGUUCAGCUAAAAAUAUAUAAAAAAUUCGACAUUUAUCGACAUGAAUCAACUUGGUAUAAAAAAAAGAUUUGCGUCGCAGAUAAUUUUCUGAAGCACAAACCUUAUAUUAUAAUUUAUCACUAGAAAAAAAAACAAAUAUUUCGUUUACUAUCAUUCAUUUGAAACCACGAAACGUUGAAAACAUCGUAGAACUAAAGCCGGUCUUUGACAAAUGAGUAUUUAUUUUAAUGUAUUUUGACUAAAUAAAGAAGAAAUCAACAUACCUUGUACAUGAA